AUGCCUCAGCGAGAGAAAAAUGAUGAAUGUGAAGCAAAUAAUAAUCAACCCCUGGCAGAGUCACAUUCAACACCAGUCCCCUUAACAGUAAACCCAAUUUUUAAUAAAACAAUAUGUUAUAAGAAUAUCAACCUUGAGAACACUACAGAAAAUCCGAUUAGGAACACUCAACAUCAGGAGAGGACAUGCAAUUCUUCUGCAUUAGAAACGCCUCAGCGAGAGAAAAAUGAUGAAUGUGAAGCAAAUAAUCAACUCCUGACAGAGUCACAGUCAACAUCAGCCCCGUCAACAGUGAACCCAAUCUUAAGUAAAACAAUAUGUUACAGGAAUAGAGUUCUAAUAUUUUCGGACGGACAUACACGUAUAAGAAAUAUGCUACAAAAUCUAAUCGGAACCAACUUCACCGUGACAAUUAAGUAA